AUGAAGUCUAAGCACAAGAUUCGCUCUCCUUUGACAAAUGUUGUUCGUAAACCGCAGGUUUCGCAUCAAGGAGUCAUUUUUCGCGAGAUUCCUACCCAUGCUUCACCAUCUUCUAAAAAGAGAAGGGAAACAGACAUGGCUAAGCAUAUUUCAAAAAAGAAGACAAACGGAAGAGUGUUUAUGUCAUCCGAAUCUACAGUUGAUGAAACUGAAAUUAUUCCAGAGACACCAGAAGCUGAUCUUCAAAAGGAUAUUAGAAUACCACCCGAAGUUUCGAUUGCCAAGACAGUUUCUGUGGAGGCACAAACUUAUGACAUCAUUGUAAACAUAUCUAAUAUGGAUACAAGUGUCACAAUGGGUGAGGAUGCUUCACAUGUUGAAGAAAAAGGUAAAUCUUCGGAUGCUAUCCCAGUCACAACAGUUUCUUUCUCUUCACAUGUUACACCUAAAAUUCCAACAACAUCUACCACAGAUUCUCCUACUUUUGCAACUAUUAUUCAACAACCAUUCACAUCUUUGUUUUGUUCCCAAUCCACUGCUCCGCCUACCAGUACUUCACCAAUCAAAGAUUCUUCGUUCAUGGAAACUGAACAUGAAUCCGAAGGUUUUGGCUGA